AGGAAACCAACGGGGACCAAGGUUAGGAGAAAGACACCAAGCUGCGCGACCCGCCGCGCCUCCAGCGCCGGGGUGGAGCUGACCCCGCCGAGCCCCGCCCCAGCCUGCGUCCGCCGAUGGUCCAGGAGCUGCUACUUUCCACUCGGAAAAUCUUCAGAGGAGUCUCAGAAAGGACACGGCUGGCUGCUACUCUCAACGCGGAAGCCGCGCCAUGCUGGUCCUCAGAAGCGGCCUGACUAGGGCGCUGGCCUCACGGACGCUCGCACCUCAGGUGUGCUCACCUUUUGCUACAGGACCUAGACAAUAUGAUGGAACCUUAUAUGAAUUUCGUACUUAUUACCUUAAACCCUCAAAAAUGAAUGAGUUCCUGGAAAAUUUUAAGAAAAAUGUUCAUCUUCGGACAGCUCACUCUGAAUUGGUUGGAUACUGGAGUGCAGAAUUUGGAGGCAGAAUGAAUAAAGUGUUUCAUAUUUGGAAGUAUGAUCAUUUUGCUCAUCGAAGUGAAGUUCGGAAAGCCUUGGCCAAAGAUAAGGAAUGGCAAGAAAAAUUCCUCAUUCCAAAUUUGGCUCUCAUUGAUAAACAAGAGAGUGAGAUUACUUACUUGGUACCAUGGUGCAAAUUAGAAAAACCUUCAAAAGAAGGAGUCUAUGAACUGGCCACUUUUCAGAUGAAACCUGGUGGGCCAGCUCUGUGGGGUGAUGCAUUUAAAAGGGCAGUUCAUGCUCAUGUCAAUCUAGGCUACACAAAACUAGUUGGAGUGUUCCACACAGAAUAUGGAGCACUCAACAGAGUUCACGUUCUUUGGUGGAAUGAGAGUGCAGAUAGUCGUGCAGCUGGGAGACAUAAGUCCCAUGAGGAUCCCAGAGUUGUGGCGGCUGUUCGAGAAAGUGUCAACUACCUAGUGUCUCAGCAGAAUAUGCUUCUGAUUCCUACAUCAUUUUCACCAUUGAAAUAGUUUUCUGCUGAAAUACAAAACAUUUCAUUAACUGCUAUGAGAUCUGUCUGCUCAUGGUGCUUAAAUUCUCCCAAGAGGUUCUGACUUUUAUUUGAAGGAGGUGGUAAGUUAAUUUGCUAUGUUUCUUCCAUUUUGAAGGCUACAUUUUGUACUACCACUUCAAAAAUAGUUCUGUUUACUUCCUUCGUGAUAUUUUAGUAUCUGUCAUACAUUAAAAAAUACUUGUCACUGUUUUAAGAUCUUGACUCUUCAUUUGCUUCAGAAUAUCUCUUCUACUGUAUUUUGACAACUCUUUGUUUUAUAGCAUUUUCUUAUAUUCAAAUGAUAAUAGUAACAUUUCCAUGCUUGUAACAGCAUUUUUAAAUUAUUAAUAUAUUUUUUCAACCUUUCCAUCAUGUCUGUUUUCCUGGGGUUUUUUGGUUUUUGUCCAGUGAAUUUUAUUUUGUAAUACCAAGUAAGAUUCAUGAAAAUUAACGUAUUUCUUUACUAUAAAAAACCACAUUGUCAUUUGUGACAUCUAUAUUAACUACGGUUUUCACAUUAGUUAUUUGACACUUACUUGGAAAUGAUAGUGUUAGGUCCUGGUAUUAAAAAUCUAGAAAAAACUUUUGGUUUAUGUGCUGAAAUAUCUUUAUUUAUAAUUAAUUUUAACUACUAUUUACUUCAUUUUUUAUCUUUGUUUAACAAAGAUACUUGAGACAUCCAUUUGUUUUAAUGUAAUCUUUAUGGAUAUGGAAAUGUUUGCCCUAAUAAAAGCCUACAUAUACA